CGAGAUCUUUUCGAAGAGCGGAAGCUAAAGGAGAAGGCGAAAUCGAAGCGAGAAGAUGGUGUCUGGGUCAGGGAUAUGUUCAAAGCGUGUUGUGGUUGACGCACGUCACCAUAUGUGUGGUCGUCUUGCUUCGAUCACAGCUAAAGAAUUGCUCAAUGGGCAGAGUGUUGUCGUUCUCCGAUGUGAGGAGAUUUGUUUGUCUGGUGGUUUGGUUCGUCAGAAGAUGAAGUACAUGAGGUUUCUUAGGAAACGUAUGAACACUAAACCUUCUCAUGGUCCUAUUCAUUUCCGUGCUCCGUCUAAGAUCUUCUGGCGUACCGUUCGUGGGAUGAUUCCACACAAGACCAAGCGUGGGGCUGCUGCUCUUGCACGUUUGAAGGUGUUUGAGGGAGUACCACCUCCUUAUGACAAGGUCAAGAGAAUGGUCAUUCCCGAUGCUCUCAAGGUGUUGAGGCUUCAGGCUGGUCACAAGUACUGCUUGUUGGGACGUUUGUCUUCUGAAGUUGGCUGGAACCAUUACGAUACCAUUAAGGAGCUUGAGGUGAAAAGAAAGGAGAGGUCACAAGCUGUGUAUGAGCGUAAGAAGCAACUCAACAAGCUCAGGGCAAAGGCCGAGAAGGUUGCAGAGGAGAAACUUGGAUCCCAGCUCGAUGUUCUUGCACCGAUUAAGUACUGAAAAUCAUCAUCUAUCUUUUUGUUUUACUCUUGUUUUGGUUUUUAUCUAUUCAGAUUUUGUCUUCGUCCUUGUAUUACUGUUGAAGUCUAUCACCUUAUUUCAGUUUUA